AUGGAAGAGCAAGAGGUCACUGAAACUGACCUUGCUCUUGCGUGGAUCGUCCAUGUUGCAGCUUAUUAUCCCAAUCAAUGGUGUUUCAUGGGGCCAUGUUCCUGUUUAAAACCAUUUUUGAAGAGUAUCCUAUCUGCUACAGCUACAGCUGCAUUUCACAUCACUCAGCUUUAUCACUUUCUGAUUUAUAUUGCGAAAGCUGCUAAUGGUCAAUGCACAACAGCAUGGAAUUGUGACAGUGGUUGUCUCAAGACAUGGAACAAGUUUCAAUUACAGUUACACUCUAUUUUUUGCUCGCAGAUGAUCAUGCCUAGUCAAGUUGUGCAGGCUGCCCCACCAUCAGGAAAGUUCCCUAUGGGAAACUGUGAUGCCAUGAUUACACAGUCAAUACAUGGUGACCAGUCAUUUAAUCUCAUUGCUCAAUACUACAAGAUUGUUGACAAUCCAGGCAAUCAACCUGCCAUCAGUUGGCAAAGACUGAGUGCAAUCAUCCCUAUUACAGAUGUCACACAUGCGGUAGAGCUUAUCCCUGUGUACGGUGAGGGCGCUAACCAUAUGCUAUAUGAGUGCUUUUACCUGAACAAUUUCUCAGACAAAAAGUUAUAUCAUUCAUUACACUCAGAUUUCAAUUAG